AUGCAGCCUGCUGCCCAAGCAAGGGACACGGGCGUGCGGUUCGGAAGGGUUUCGCACGGCUUUGAACAAAUCACUUCUAGCGCCAGGUACCACUGCCUUCACUGGGCGUCGGCAGAUACUAUGCGAUCACCAGCGAUAUGUUUCCCAAUGGUGGGGGAGCGUCUCCAUGUGGAGGUGACUGACAAGAUGCUCCGCACAGUGAGUGAAAGGGGUAGUACCUCCCUCUUCGCCCCAAAGAGGGACUACCGUCGCUUCAUCGGGCUGCUACAACUUGUGCAAAACACAGACGGCGCCUAUACACGGCGCAGCAUCCCGAUGCAUGUGUCGUGGGCGUUCCACUCGCAGAUGAUAGUUGAUGAAGAGGGGGGCUGUAGCACCCCCACACAUGCUGUGGAGCUACUCUCUAAAAAGUUGGUAAUGUGGCUCUUCAGCUACUAUUCUAUGAGUUCCAGCAGACAUCUAAGACUCUGCGACUUGGAGAAUGCCUUCCCCCUCAUAAAGGCAAUGAGUCUGCAGGAGCGUCGCCGCUUUGUGAGUAGUGCUGUCACUCGCUUCACUGAUAAAUUACUCUCGUUUUACGACGACCGCGUUAUCUCUCUCGGGAGUGCCCCAGUAAGCGCAACGUCAUUGCUCUCACCAGCUGAGUUUCGAGUUGUAACAUCAUUGGAACAGACAUCUGUUGCUUUUGUGUUCAAGUGCCAGAUGCGGCACGACGAGGUUUUGGAUGCAUUGCAAACCAUCAUAGACUCAUGGGGGAAGCGUGGUGUGGUGCCUCCAUCCAUAGGUGUUCGACGGGCUGUUGCGGUACUUCUCUCACAUGCCUUUGGCACAUUCGCUUUACUGCCCCAGUGUUUGAGAGGUUUGGUACGCCCUUUUGUGGUGCAACAUUUGCCAUUGCUUCUGGAAACGCACGGUGUGGCUGUCGCCACGAAACUUGUUACUUUGCUGCGGUCUUCAAAGGUGCAGAAGCGGUCCAGUUUGGUUGCGUUGCGGAAGACGAUGGAGGAGGUGACACGUAUCGAGAUCGUUGCCCAUGAGCCCGCCGUCCCAUGGGGGGCGCACGACGCCGCUGACGAGGUGGAGGACGAGUUCAUCUUUGACUCGGUGGCCCCUCUCCCGCUGCAGGGCUCCGGUGUUGCGUGGCGAAUUGCACGAGGCACAUGCAGGCAUAUCAUUGUCCCUCUCCCGGACGCAGCAGCUGCAAAGAAUACUGAGCUUGAAGGCACAGCGGCAGAUCUUCUUUUUUCCAUGGUCCUAUUUUCGGGGGCGCGGCUGCAGCUUUCACGGCCGCUGCUGAGUUGCACCGAUGAGGCAGAGCUCUGCUUGAGCUUGUACGUUGGCAAGGGAUCUCAGUCGGUGCCGGAUGAUGAUGUGGUGUGGAAAUCGUCGAGGAAGAGAAGGCGCGGUCGGGAGCUAUCUUAA